AUGGCACAGCCCGUGCCUCAUCAGCCCACCGAUCGAAAGCGCGUCAAGGUCUACGAGCUUCGCAACAAUGACUGGUUUGACAGAGGUACCGGCUUCUGCAGCGCGAGCUUCGAGACUCUUGACGAUGGUCGCAAAGAUCCGCGCGUCGUCGUAGAAUCAGAAGACCAUCCCGACCGUCUCCUAUUAGAAACAAAGAUCCAGAAAGAAGAUGGAUUCCAGAAGCAGCAAGGCACGUCCAUAUAUACCCUGAUUGUGUGGCAGGAACCCAGCAGUGGUGUCGAUAUGGCAUUGAGCUUCCAGGAAGCAGAAGGAUGCGCAAUAAUCUGGCGUUUUGUGAGCAAUGUCCAACAAACGUUCCACAACCAUUUACCUGGCGCCGAUGAUGGCCUUUCCGAUGAUCUUGCCAUCGACGUUCCUCCAGCUAUCAACUUGCCCACCGCCGAACUUGGGAAUCUCGGCGACAUCGAGUCUACUAUGCGAAUGAUGAGCACUACAGCCAACGGUAGGGACGCGCUGGCUAAGGCAAUCAUGGCUGAAGAUUUUAUUGGCAAGAUUGUUCCGUUGGUCGAGAUGGCCGAAGACCUCGAGAGUCUUCAAGACUUGCACCGACUUUGCAACAUCAUGAAGACAGUCAUUCUUCUCAACGACACUUCGAUUAUCGAGCACGCGGUAUCAGACGAAUGCGUUUUGGGUGUUGUUGGAGCACUAGAGUACGACCCUGACUUUCCUAGUCAUAAAGCCAACCAUCGACACUGGUUGGGUAACCAGGGCCGGUACAAGGAAGUCGUUCCGAUUGAAGAUGAACAAAUCCGCAGGAAAAUCCACCAAACAUACAGACUACAGUACUUGAAAGACGUGGUCCUCGCCCGUAUCCUCGACGACCCCACAUUUUCAGUUCUCAAUUCCCUCAUCUUUUUCAACCAGGUCGAUAUUGUUCAGCAUUUGCAAGCCAAUGCCGCUUUUCUGAACGAGCUUUUUGGUAUCUUCAGUCUCUCAAAUAACGACCAAAAGAGGAAGAAGGAAGCAGUGCUUUUCAUUCAACAAUGCUGCGCUAUUGCUAAGAACAUCCAACCACCAGCGCGUCAGACAUUAUACAACAAUUUCCUUGCCCACGGACUUUUGCAAGUCAUUAAUUUCGGAUUGCGACAUCAUGAUGUUGGUGUUCGGGUUGGUGCUACUGACAUAAUGAUCUCCAUCAUCGAUCACGACCCUCAAAUGAUUCGACAAACACUAUACAGACAAGUGCACGAGAAAGUGACACCUCUCACCGACUCUUUGAUCGAUCUUCUUCUAGUUGAGGUCGAUCUUGGUGUCAAAUCUCAAAUAUCAGAAGCGCUCAAGGUCCUCCUGGAUCCCGGUCCCCAGCAACUCCAAAAUGAGAAUUUCCAAAAAGCGAACGGUGAGCUUUAUAGCGAAGAAAUGCUGCAGACCUCUACUGACCCCCGACAAGAGGUUUUCCUACAUGCAUUUUACGAGCAAUCAGCACCAAAGCUAUUUAAGCCACUGGUCGACUUGGAGAAGCGAACCGAUAUGAAUUUCAGUGUGCAGCAGGCGUCGAUGUUUACUUAUCUCAUCGAAAUCCUCACAUUCUUCAUUCGCCAACAUACAUUACGUGUCAAGUUUUAUGUCAUGAAUAAUGAUAUUGCCAAGCGCGUUUCUCAGCUGCUCGGAUGCCCCGAGAAAUUCUUACGACUAGUUGCUAUUCGCUUUUUCCGCUCAAUAAUUGGAAUGCAGGAUGAAUUCUACAUAAAGCAUCUCACGGAGAAGCAAGUACUGGGGCCCAUUCUUGAAGUACUUAUCGGAACCAUGCCUCGCGACAAUCUAUUGGCAUCGGCAUGCCUCGAGUUCUUUGAAUUCAUCAAGAAAGAGAACGUCAAAGAUGUUAUCAAGUAUCUUGUGGUCAACCACAGAGACCAACUGAUGACUCUAAGCUCCAUGCCGACAUUCCGAGAUAUCGUCCUUCGAUACGAUCAAACCAGAGGCUACACAUCAAACGUCGAUUACUUUAUGGAGGGCGAAGAUGAGAUGGGAAGGAGACCCCCACCCAACACGAGGUUGAUGGAACAGAUCACCGUCGACCAAGAACAAGAGGAGUAUUGGGCAGGGUCUGACAAUGAAGAAGAGGAGGACAACUCGAGCAAGGAGGGAGAAAAGACGCCAUCUACGAAUGGAUCUAUCUCCUCCAAGCUCCUUGUUGAUUACGCCUCCGAUGAGGAGACAGAUGAAAAUGCCGACCCCGAGGCAACGCCAGACAGCCAUAGCGAUGUGGCAUCAGAUGCAGUGGGUUCGCCGAUCGACUCAAGUCUGGGAGGGGGCGUCCCACCACCAGAGCGACUUUCAGAAAAACGACGACGUGAAGAGGAGGAAGACGAUGAUGAAAUCGGCAAGCUUAUGCACAACAAGCGACGCAACAGCAGCGGUUCUAUUAGCUCUGUCUCUAGCAACCCUCGCGGCUUAACGAAACGCAAAAGUUUCACUGCCAGCUCUUCCAGCGGAAGCAGCAAAAAGAUCGCAAUCAGUCUCUCUUCCGGCUUAAAAACAGGCAGCGGCCCAGGGUCGAACGAGGAGUCGUAA